AUGGCCCUUUCGGUGCGAGUCAUUUAUUGUGGUGCUUCACGCUACAAGGCCAUCCUCCAGCUCAAGGAGAAGCUGGAAGGUGAGUUCCCCGGAUGCCUGACCAUCUGUGGUGAGGGGAUGCCCCAGUGCACCAGCUUCUUUGAAGUGACCAUAACCGGGAAGCUGAUUCACUCCACGAAGGGAGGCGAUAGCUUUGUGGAUACAGAGGGCACAUUUUGGAAGCUGGUGGCCACCAUUAAAGCCACCUUGGGUCAGGGCUAGUGAGUCCUGAAGGUGGAGCUCAGGACCUUGAUCCCACAGCACCUAGAGACACUUCAUGAAAUGUCUCCGGACACCUGGUCUUUCCCUGAUGCUGUCGCAGCUGCUGGGUGGGAUGGAGCUUGACUACCCUGUCUCUGCCUCUGUGGGAUAUAUCUUCUGGAAUCUGACCCUGUACACCUCCCAUCCCCAAGCCUCGGGUCCCCCUCCAAAUUGGUCACAUCCAACCACAGGCUUCCUCCAGGAGAGCUGAGGGUGAGGGUGGAGACCCAUUUCCAGGAACAGAGGCUGAGGCUCCUGAUGAAGGAAUGGUUCACUGUAAAAAAGGUGAAUGAGU